GUAAAAUCAGAAUGCUAUAAACAGGCUAACAUCUUCCCAUGCCAUCUGAUCUGAGGAGUACACAGAGUAGGCAUAAUUGUGGAAAACCUCCCGGAAGUUCAAGAUGAUCAGACUCAUUUUAGUAGUGCUGCUACAGUUGGCGAUGUAUGCACACUCAUCUGAAGAUUGGUGUUAUCUGGAUGCAGCAUGUGAAUCAUCCACCUGGGGACUACACUAUGACGCCUGCAACCUAAAUAGGCAAUCACCUAUCAACAUUGUCACAAACAAUGUUGUCACUGAUGCUAACUUACGUCCCAUCCAAAUCACUGGAGUUUUUGGAUCUUCUGAGGCUCAUAUAUCUAAUAAUGGACACACAAUUGAAGUGACUCUGAACUCUGAUUAUAUUCUCACUGGCGCAAGUCUCACUGAUCCACACAAGCUGGCAGGGUUUCACAUCCAUUUUGGCAGCUUACAGAACAACAUUGGUUCUGAGCAUUACAUCAACAACCAAGGAUUCCCAUUGGAGAUUCACUUUGUAUUUUAUAACACAAAAUACCAAGAUCUCACAACAGCCAAAACCCAAACAGAUGGUUUGGCAGUAGUUGGUGCACUUUUCCAGAUUGGCUCUCAUAAUAGAGCUUUGGAUACGUUAAUCCAGGCACUUCCUCAGGUUGCAUACCAAGGUCAAUCAGCACCCUUAUCUGUUGAUCUACAAGGAAUACUAACCGUUUACCUGAAACAUUAUUAUACAUACAAAGGUUCCCUUACCACUCCUACCUGCUCUGAGAACGUUACCUGGCACAUCAUGCACUCUAUCCAAACCCUUUCUUUGGAACAGUAUUCAGCAAUUGCCAGUUCUCUUUAUUACACCACAGUGGACUCUACACACCCGGAGCACAUGAUAAACAACUUUAGACCAGUACAACCACUCAAUGGAAGAACAGUAUAUCGCCCUCAGUAUUAAACUGGUUCACGUGCAUGAUAGAGCAAUUGAUUCUCUAUUAUGAUCCACAAUUACUAAAGUACCAGCAGGGAAAUAGCUUCAUUUAUUUUCCUCAUUAUUUUGUUUCCUCCUUUAUUCUGAAAUAUAUUGCUCUACCUUGAUCUGCCGCUGACCUUCCAACAUUACAGACAUGCAUUGUCAAAUAAAAAACCAUGGUAAAUAAAUGAAACGCUGGGAA